CGAGCAAAUCAUUCAAACGACAGCAGUCAUUUGUGUCAGGUUAAUAGAAAUCGCCACCAAGUUGUUCAGUAAAGAAUUGCAGUGUUUGCAUCGCAAAUAUUCAAAUAGCAAUUAUACAAUUUGAGUUGAUUUGUUGUAUAUUUUUGGUUCAAAAACGCGUUCAAUCACUUUUGCAUUGCAAAAAUGGAUUACACACCAUUGGUAGAGCCAAGUGGUUUGGAGCCAAGAUUACGCCUACAGUUUUUCAAGGAUUUGGUUGCCGAAGAAAAAAAGAAGUUGAUGGAAGAACAGGCAAUGCUGAUUCAGUUGUCUGACGCAGUCACACGCAUUUUUGCUAUAAAUUCGGCAAUGCGACGAGAACAAUAUGUUCGUUCAAGCCAAAUCCAUACUUUUGUGUUGUCCCAAAAUUCAACGAUGCAAGAUGUGUUGAAUGCUGUUUUGACGGUCCGCCAAGAUUCCACGCGUCUUGAAUCGGCUGAUGAUCAACGAAAAUUGAAAAUCGAUCGUUGGUGCAAAGAAGUGGAGGAAGCAUUGACUGCAAAUCAAGCGGCUUCUGUUACUGCAGUAAUUGAAGACGUAGCGAAGAAAAACGAAAAACUGGAGAAAAUGUUCGCAUUGAAGAUGCAACGAUUGACAGAAGUGGCCGAAAAAAACGACGCUGUUCACGCUCAACUCAAAGCGGCCAAAGAAAAUUAUCAACGAAGAGUGUACGAUUUGAUCAACAAGGAAAAGGAUGUCGUCAUUCAGUUGAAGGUGCUGCAGAUGGACAAAAUGAUGACCGGCUGGAAGAACAUGUAGUUUCGUUUACCAACCACACUCAUCCUG